AUGCACAUCCCCGAGCUGCCCUUCAAACUGCCUUUCAAGAUGGACAAGAAGCAGAUCGCCGUGGCCAUGAAGCUCCUGAAGGAGGCCGUGAAGCCCAUACUGAAGAGCAAGGCGCUCCGCGAGACCGUAGCUUACCUCGACGACUAUCUGGCCAGCUACAACGGCGACAUCGAGACCCAGCUGUACCUCAGGCUCGUCCUCGACUCGGCGCAGGACAUCUACGAGGGCAAGGAGGCCGGCCAGAUCCACGCGAUCGUCAAGGACUUCUUCACCGACAUGAGUGACGAGGAGACAGCUCGCACCAUCGAGGACGUGUGGGACUACAUGUCGCCCACCGUCGACGAGUGGUUCUACACCCCCCUCAGGAAGUACCUGGUCGCCCCCGUCAGGGACUACCUCUACUACCCGGUCUCCAACGCCAUCAACGACUUCGCUGAUCGCAUCGGCAGGUUCAUGAACAGCGACUACGACUCGUCCUACGUGAGCGUCCAGUACCCGCAGUACCAGAGAUGGAGCGACUCCGUGAACAGGUUCACCAACAGGAUCUCCAAGUGGACCACCCAGGCACGCCGCAGCCUCGAGACCGCCGCGAGAGUCCUCGAGGCACAGGACGAACAGUACGAGGCAAGGGCUUGUGGGGGAUCCUGCGGAAGCGCCACUCUGGAGGAGGACCCCAGCGACUUUGCUGUCCAGUGACCAUGAACUCCAGUUUGAUGACGGAGACGCCUACAACCAGUACUCAAAGAGCGAAUUUUUAUAAGUUUUCGUUC